AUGAACGGAUCCAACAUUACAGAAUUAGUCUUGCUGGGCUUCUCCUGCUCCCGCACUGCCCAACUCUUCAUUUUCACCCUGGUCUUGGCCUGCUACACCACCAUCCUUCUGACCAACCUCCUGGUCAUGGUAACUGUGUGGUUUGAGCCCCAGCUCUUCCAAAGCCCCAUGUAUUUCUUCCUCGCCAAUCUGUCACUCAUCGAUAUCUGUUUGGGCUCAGUGGCAGCCCCAAAGCUGCUGACCAAUCUGUUGAACAAUGACCAUGCCAUUUCCAAUGGGGGAUGUAUGGCCCAGAUAUUUGGUGUCCACCUCUUUGGGAGUGCAGAAAUGUUCCUCCUCACCGUUAUGGCCUAUGAUCGUUACAUGGCCAUCUGCUGCCCUCUAAGGUACACAGCCAUUAUAGAUCAGCAACACUACCUUGGUCUCCUCAUACUUUGCUGGAUCGGAGCCUUUAUUCAUUCCACUUUCCAGAUGGCAGUGAUCACCCAGCUCCCAUUAUGUGGGUCCAAUGUGUUGGACAAUUUCUUGUGUGACAUCCCACAGUUGAUCAAGCUGGCCUGUUCAGACAUGUAUGUUGCUGAGAUCCUCAUGUUGUUCAAUGUCAGUUUGAUAGCUCUCCCCUGCUUUCUGAGCUUGCUGGCUUCAUACCUCACCAUCCUUGCUACCCUUUAUGGCCAUUUUGGGAAAAGUGGGAGGAAGGUCUUGGCCACCUGCAGCUCCCACCUGACAGUAGUUGGCCUGUUCUAUAUUCCAGUUGUCUUUGUGUAUCUCAAGCCCUUCUCCACCUCCCAGCUGGACAAGAUGGCAUCUGUAUUCUACAUGAUGGUCACACCUGCACUCAAUCCCUUAAUUUACACCCUGAGGAACCAAGAAAUGAAACAAGCCUUGGGGAAGUUGAAAAGCAAGGGCAAACGCUUUCUGCUGCCUCAGAGGAAGAACAUGUGGAAAUUUCCUUUCUGUAUGCACACCAGAACUACUGUUGUGCAUAUGACUCCUAAGGUUCAUGCAUUUUAG